AUGUCAAUAUCUUCCGGGAGUUCCGUCGGCGGCGACGACGGCGAUCUGCUGAUUGAAGAGGGCGAGGACCUCGACUUCUACGCCGUCCUCAACUUGCCGAAAGAUGCCACUGAUGAGGAGAUCACAAAGGCCUAUCGUCGACGUUGUCUUGUCUUCCACCCGGAUCGCCACGUUGAUGAGGAUGACAAGAAGACGGCUGAGCGCGUCUUUGUCCAGAUUCGCAGGGCUCAUGAAGUCCUAAGCGAUCCGAAGAAACGGGCCAUCUAUGACGCUCUCGGCGUGCAAGGCAUUGAUGCUCAAGGCUGGGAGCUGGUUUCAAGAUCUUCUAACCCUGAAAACAUCAAGAAGGAGUACGAGUUUCUGCAACGACUUCGCGAAAAUGAAAUUAUGCUCACGAGGACUCAUCCAACAAGUUCGUUCAUGCUGAAGACCUCGCUGGCGGGGCUUUUCGUGAAGAACAAGGAGGAGCGCUACAUGCCGCAGUUUGUCGGCCUCGCGCUCACGCAGGGUGUCGACUGUUCGUUGACUGGCAAAGAUCGCGUAGGACUUACAGGGCGUGUGAAGACGGGAAAUGGACGAGGUGAUGGGAGCGCGGCGCUGACUUGGAAAAGGGGUGUCGGGCAGUUUAAUAUGGAGAACAUGAUCUCAAUCUCGGGCGAAUCGAUCGCCGCUCAGUGUCGACUGGCCCGUUCCGUGUUCCAGAGGGCCGCCAUCAUCGUCCAGCCGUCGCUGCAGUAUAUGUACCUUCAGGGCGUGUGCAUGCCCACCCUUCAAUUGAUCUAUUCGAUGCGGCUUCGUCUUCGAUGGCAAGGCUCGAUCAUUCUGGCGCUGACUCCGGUGCAAAGCGCUAUCACCACAACGAUUGUGCACACCGAGAACAACCAACCAAAAGCCAUCGCCAAUUUCACACUUGCCCCGGCGAACCCAAACGUGCGCCUCGUCUACAUCAGUCGGGACGCGAGCCUCGACUCGUUCACCGAGAUGGCCUGCACGUUCAGCAUGUUUGGGCUUUCCCCGUCGAUCCAGAUGGAGAGAAGGCUGUCGCGGUAUUCGCGCUUUGGCGUCGGCCUCAGUCUGACGCUUCCGUCGUGUAUGCUGGUCGCCAAGUUCAAGGUAAAAAGCGGACAUUUCCUCUACGAUUGGCACAUCGUUCUAUGCGAUGACAAGGACGAGGUGGCCCGAUCAGCUCUCUACGGUGUCGUGCUGCCCGUUAUUGCUUUUCAGGCGUUCAAAGCCAUUUUCCGGCCGUUCUGGGAGCGCCUUACCUCGGUGUUUGACGAUCGAACGCAGGAGCGUGAGGUCGACAUGGCCAAGCAGGAGGAGAGCCAGCGGGUGAUCACACUGAUGCGUGGGACAGCCGACCGGAUCCGCAAGGACGAGGAGAGCAAGCAGGGCGUCAUAAUUCUGCAGGCCAGAUACGGCGUGAGCUCGCCCGACUCGGCGGCCAACUACCCGCUGGCCGGUGACCGAUCGAUCGAUGUGGUCAUCCCGCUUCAGGCGAUGGUCAACGAUUCCCAGCUACGCAUUCAUUCCUUCAACAAGUCACAAUUGCCCGGCUUCUACGACCCGUGCCCGGGAGAUGACAAGGUGCUGCACGUGCGCUACCAGUUCAGAGGCGAGAUGCACGCCGUCACCGUGGCCGAUGAUAUGCCGUUGAUCAUCCCAGUUCGAUUGGGGAUGGGAAACCCGAACGAAAGCCGGCCGUCGGCCCCUGAACCAAGGUCGAACUCCCCGCCAUCGUCGGCGCCACAACAAGAACAUCUGCAGGGCUCCUCGUCGCGACCGCCCUCUUUCCCUUCCGCCCCAUCCUAUGAUGAACCGCCGCCCGAUUAUCAUUCAGCGGUCAACUACCCGAGUGUCCCCAGCUAUCAACAGCAACAACCACCUCACCAAACAGCCGUCAAGCCAUAUCCGGUACAACAAUCCUACGGGUCGCACACGGCUCCCUCGUACCCCACGCAAAAUGCCCCGGCUCCGCAUUUGAUCUACAGUGGCGGGUACCAGCAGUCGAGCGGCGGUGGUGCUCCCCCUCCUCCUCCACCGCCCGGCCAGCCUGCCGUCGUCGUCCAAGUCGUCCGGGAACAUUCGAGUGUGCUGCGAUGCGCUUAUUGCCCGAACGGAGUCGUUGUGCGCGAGACGGACGGAUGCUGCGUGUGCAUGUUGGUGAUCAUGAUGCUGUUCACGUUCCCGUUCGGGCUGCUUUUCCUGCUCUGUCUGCCAUGCGCCGUCCACAAUCGCUGUCAUCAAUGCCAUCGCAUCGGG